AUGUCUCUGUUUCACAGAAUUAAAAAGGUUUUACAAGAAUUUUCAGAUCCGGCAGAUGAAUGCGGUAUCGCCAACAACUUUAGAAUCAUUGGAGGGAGCUACAGCUCAGCGUGUGAGUUCCCUUGGAUGGUGCUAGUACACGACAUCUACCACGACAACAAAUGUGGUGGGGCCAUCCUAGACCAGACUCACGUUCUGACUGCUGCACAUUGUGUGGCUAGGAUCAAAUACACGAUCAAACCAGAACAUCUGAGAGUGUACACAGGUAGCUCUGUCUUGGACUUUGAGAACGGCUUGGACGCUGCCACGAUCAGAUACGUCACUUUAGUGACACCGCAUGAGGACUUCGGUGUUGCCAAGGGUUACCUAGCCAACGACCUCGCUAUCCUGACGCUGAGCGAACCCAUACAGUUUGACCCUUGCCACGGACCAAUUUGUCUGGCAAACGGCACCAAAUCUACACAGAAGGCAUCACGGUGUAAGGUGAUGGGAUGGGGGCUUUCAUCAACCAACCAAAACUCCAACGAGAAAAACCUCAAGUCUGUUGAUGUUGCUGUCGUGUCGGACGCUACGUGCCGGUCGAUCUACAAAACAAAUUUUGACGGAACAAUAUUCUGCGCUGGCUCGCGAGGGAACGGCUAUUGCUAUGGGGACGCAGGCGGACCACUGGUCUGCAAGGAAUCAGACGGACGCUACUACGCCUACGGUAUCGCUAUCGGCAACAUGGGCGACUGUUCAGCCACGGCUGAGUUCUACACCAAAGUCUCCAGCUACUUCAGGUGGAUUAAAGAGAAGACGGCAGCGUAGGGCUAAGCUGAGUCCAGUUUUUCUAGCAGGAAUUUCUCGGAUGGUGUGGGGUGUCCCCAUAGCAAGUCUAAUGCCCUCCCUUUCCCCCUCGCACAUACCAUGCAGGAAAUAAAAAAAUAUCAAUUUUAUAGAAACUAUAUACUUUAGCCUUGAAGUUUUAUAUACACCCAACACAAUGUCUGAAAGAAACCCUGUCUGUUUCGUGCAGCUUACCACAAUAGUUAACUGGUAAUCUUGUAUUAAAUCUUGUUUUAUUUUACUCA